CCAACCCUAUCAUGAAGGCUACACCGCAGGAUGCCAGGCUUGUCCCCAUCACAGCAAAGUGCCCCGCUACCAACAGCCGCAGAGACGCACUGACAACAAACGCCAACGUUGACAGUGUACCUUUCUUUGUUCCUUAAACCCACCUCUCUCUCUUCCUUUUGGGAAUAGACUCCAACAUCAUUUCCCCAUCUGGGAGUCCAUCACAUCUGAUUGAUGGGUUCUCCCCAUUGUACAGCAUGGAUAUAAAAUCGAGUUUGAAACUGUGCCUCCUCUUGGUGCGAUCUGCUAUACAGCAGCCUCACCAGCCCUCCUGGGAGAAGUCACCAAGCUGCUUUGCGAGUGAUGCGAAAAGUUGGUCGUUCAGGACUGCACAGUUUCUACUCCAGGUACUUUACGAUACUGAAGAGACAUGGGGCCGUUUGCCCCAUUCUGCCUUUACGUGGAGUUAAAAAAUUCAUCAAAACCAAGAAAUUCAGAAUGACCAUGCUCCAGAAUAUCCUUCCAUUGCUCGGGAAAGAGGAUUUCUUCACAUCCUUGGACCUGAAAGAUGCUUACUUUCAUAUAAGCAUCCACCCUGCUCACAGGCGCCUACUGAGAUUUACAGUUGGUAGGUACUGAGGCCUGUGAAUACAACAUCCUUCCCUUUGGCCUCGCAACUGCUCUGAGGGUGUUCACAAAAUGCACGGCCCCAGUUUGUGCCUACCUCAGGCUUCCAGGAGUACAAACCUACCCCUACCUGGAUGAUUGGCUCCUCUUUUCCUCCUCUAGAGUGGACUUCUUAGCCUCCAUCAAGACUACCUGCUCUCAGCUUGAUCAACUGGGACUAUACUUAAACAAUGCGAAGUCAUGCCUUGUUUCUUUCUAGCUCAUCAGUUCCAUUGAAGCGGCCUGGACUCACUUCGUACACCAGCUUUCCUCCCACUGGAUUGACUCCAAAGUCUGAAAUGUUUUGCGAGCUGCCGCACCGCAAGACGGACUGUCCCAGCGCAUUCCAUUCAAUGGGUGCUUGGUCACAUGGUGCCUGUGGUAUCGGUGGUGCCGAAAGCAAGGCUGCGGGUGAGACCCGCUCCAACUGUGGUUCAACCGCAGCGCGAUCUACUGGACCAACCACUGCAACCUCCACGUUCAGUCCUUCGAACUCUAUCCUGGUGGACAAUCGACACCAGCCUGACUCGCAGGGAACUGUUCCAAACACUGGAACCGACUGUGACGCUCUAUACUGACGCCUCCCUGACUGGAUGGGGUGUGCACUGCGCCGCACUCCAUACCCAGGGCAUCUGGCACAGCCACGAAACAACCAGGCAUAUCAAUUACCUGGAGUUGCUGGCUGUAUUCAAGGCACUACGUUCUUUUCAAACUCUCCUAUAAGGACACAUUGUACAAAUUGCAUCGGACAAUAUCAUGACCGUGUUUUAUAUCAACAAGCAGGGAGGAACAAGAUCAGUCCCGUUGGCAUGUCUUACUCUUCGAAUUUGGAACUGGGGCAUCGCUUACGAGAUCAUCCUGCAAGCUGUUCAUCUUGCCGGCACCGAGAAUGAAGAAACCGAUUCCCUGAGCAGACACAUGUCUGCUCAUGAUGCAUGAGUGGGAGCUGGACCGUCACGUCUGCCACCAUCUUUUUUGAACUGUGGGGAACACCAACUGUAGACCUCUUCACCACUCACAGGAACUCAGUCUGCACAACCUUCCAAGGUUCAAUUUGGAUGCCAGGAAGCACUUCCCGACAGUUAGGACCCCGAGGGUGUGGAAUGGACUUCCCCGGGAGGUGGUUGAGGCCCCAUUGCUGAGGGUGUUCAAGGAUAGGCUGGACGUGCACAUGGUGGGCAUGUCGUGAGCGGAGCUGGCUGGAGCCUGGGGUCAGACUAGAUGGCCCAGGAGACCCUUUCUGACUUGCUCUGUUUCUAUGUUUUUAUGUUUCAUUCUAUUGCUCCUGAGUGAGUAUUGGCCCAAAUUCCAUCGGGGAUGCCCUCAUGGUCUCAUGGGAGAAUAAAACUUUCUAUGCAUUCCCACUGAUCCCCUAAUCACAAGGACAUUAGCGAAGAUCUAUCAGGACAAUGCUCAUGGCAUUUUGAUCACCCCAUGGUGGCCCCGACAUUCAUGGUUCCCCGCUCUGUUUCAACUAUCCAAGCAUGUUUACUUCGCUCUACUUCAGAUCCCACAGCUCCUCACCCAAGAGCAAGGCACUAUAUGUCACCCAGACCAACACUUUCUGAAACUCACGACAUGGCUCAUCCAAUGAUUUCUACACAUUCAACCUCCUCGGUACUGACAUAAUCUUCGGGACUGACAAGAUCGACUCCCUUGGAAUUGCCUCUUCCAUUGCUACCGGAGAUACCUUUUUCAACACUGACUGUCCCAUCCAUGUCAACAUCAUUUUUGACACCAACACUUCCCUCGGUGCUGACAUCCACUUCGGAACUGACAACACGUUUGGAUUUGACGGACCUUCACCCGGACAUCCAAUUUAUACUGCAAUCUGCACUGUAGCCCGAUACACAACAUUCCUACAGUGCUAAAUGGAAACUUUUCACCUGCUUUGCUGCUAUCAACCAUUUUUUGCCUCAAUCUGCUACCAUUGAGAACAUUUUACAAUUCUUACUGUAGUUACACCAUGGGAGUCUCAGACCAUCCUCCAUUAAGGUGUAUAUUGCAGCCAUUUUGCAUACAUUGAAGAUUCAUCCAUGUUCUCCCACCAACUCAUGGUGGGAGGGUUGUCGCUUUUUAUGAGGAUUACAAAACCUUCAACCUCCGAUCAGUUGUCCCGACAUGGAGUCUUGCUGUCAUUCUACAGACUCUGACUAAGCCACCAUUUGAACCCAUGGCCACAGUCGACCUUCAGCUGCUCUUUUGGAAAACUGCUUUCCACGUCAGCAAGGAGGAACUGUGUGCUCUACGGGUCAACCCUCCAUAUCAAUUUUAAUAAAAGGAGGUGACUUUUUGCACGGACCCAACCUUUUUUCUGAAAGUGGCAACACCUCUUCAUCUUGAUUGAGACAUCGUCUUACCAGCAUAUUUUCCUUCACCGUUGACACCGAUCGAACACUCUGACAUAGUCUCACCGUCUGUUGAAAUGGAUCAUGGAAACGAUUGAACUUCCUUGCCAUCUGGCCACACUGGGCUUGCUGAUUGCUUCAAAAGGACCUUCUGCGAGAGCCAUCACCGCUUCUUCUGCUCUGCGGGCAGACAUUCUGGUCCACGACAUUCGCAAAGCUGCCACCUGGUCGACUCCAUGCACCUUCGUGAGAUGCUGCCACUCAGACAUCAGGGCCAGACAGGACUGUUCCUUCGGCCGCGCCGUCUUAUCAGCUGUUCUCCAGAGAUGACACCGUACUGCCUCCGGGUGGGGUAAGCCUGCUAGUCGCCCAUAGAUGUGUGAUGCACACAGAUCACGAUGAAGAAAGGCAGGUUGCUUACCAGUAACUGUCAUUCUUGAAUCGUCAUCUGUGCAUUCACACAGCCCACCCACCGGCCCCACUUCGGUGUCGGUGACUGGGUACAUACAAGUUUUUAUUUUACAAGUCUCCUUUAAAUCAUUGUACUUCGGCUUUCCCUUGCUGGUUUCAGCUGGGGGCAAACGGGGUCUUCAGCUGACUGGCAAAAGGGUGGGGACUCCGCCCCUUUAUACUGGGGAGAAGGGGUGUGAGUUCCCGCCAGAAAGCAUUAAAGCUGUAAAAUCUUCCCGGCUACAGGCACUGUGCAGGCGCAGCACCCAUAAUGUGUGAAUGCACAGAUGGCCACUUGAAGAACGACAGUUACAGGAGGAACAAGAGGCAGCUAGGCGCCGACAGCAAAGAGAAAACAAGAGUAACACGACAACUCCAACAAAGGUCCAAGAGAACAAGGACUAUGGUGCUGAAGAAGAGAAGCCCCUGGGAUCCAGUGCUGUGAAAAAGCCAUCUCCGUCCAAAGCACGUAAGAAGAAGCUGAGCAAAAAGGGAAGGAAAAUGGCAGGCAGGAAGCGCGGGCGCCCCAAGAAAAUGAACAUCGUGAGUGCGGAGCGCAAGACCAAGAAGAACCAAACUGCGCUGGAACUUCUGCAUGCGCAGACUGUAUCCCAAGCAUGUUCAUCCUCUCCUCAGGAUGCAUACAGGUCUCCUCGUAGUCCAUUUUACCAACUACCUCCUAAAGUGCAGCGGCAUUCGUCAAACCAGCUGUUGGUGACUCCCACCCCACCUGCACUACAGAAGCUGCUAGACUCAUUUAAGUUCCAGUACAUGCAGUUCCUGGCCUAUAUGAAGACUCCUCAGUACAAGGCCAACCUUCAGCAGUUGUUGGAACAGGAGAAGGAGAAGAAUACCCAGCUAUUGGGGAAGGCCCAGCAGCUGUUCACUCACUGCCAGGCUCAGAAAGAAGAAAUCAAGCGGCUGUUCCAGCAGAAGCUUGAUGAGCUGGGUGUCAAGGCACUGACGUACAAUGACCUUAUCCAAGCUCAGAAAGAGAUUUCGGCUCACAACCAACAGCUGAAGGAACAGAGCAAACAGUUGGAGAAGGACAAUGGCGAGCUCAGGAACCAGAGUUUACAGCUGCUGAAGGCCAGAUGUGAAGAACUGAAGCUAGACUGGUCAACCCUUUCACUGGAGAAUCUGCUCAAAGAAAAGCAAGCACUGAAGAAUCAGAUUUCUGAAAAACAAAAGCAUUGCUUGGAAUUGCAGAUUAGUAUUGUGGAGCUGGAGAAGAGCCAAAGGCAGCAGGAGCUGUUGCAGCUGAAGUCCUGCAUGCCACCUGACGAAUCGCUGCCAGUGCAGCUGCGCCAUAAGAACCCCCUGAGCCGCGAGGCAGAGCCCGAUCACGGCACAUUCCCCCUGGAGUUUGAGUGCCCCAAGUUCCCGAUGCCCCAGUUCAAUGGCAUGAGCCCCGAGCUGUCCAUGAAUGGCCACGCCACCUCGUACGAGAUCCACCAGGCGCUCGGCAGGCCCUCCUCCAAGCAGAGCACCCCUCAGUACCCUGUUUCUCACCUGGACCAAGACAUCGUUCCCUGCACCCCAAACCACAGCUGCAGACAGAAACUGGACAAGACCUCCAGCUUGGCCUUGCCAGACUACACCAGGUUUUCCCCUGCUAAGAUAGCCCUGCGGAGGCAUUUGAACCAGGACCAUGUCAGCAACGGAAGAGCGGCGCCCGCCGAGAACCUGCAGAGAGCUGAGCAUUUAAAGGAGAACAGCCUUACAGUUCCAAGCCCAGCACUAUCGAAUGGGAUAAAGAUGAGCCCCCUAGAAGCCCAGCCCUCUUCUCCAGCAGCUUCACCGAUCCCUAACGAGAAGGCCUUGCGCGAGAGGACCCCCGCGAGUAACGGGGAGACGAUCACCAGCCUUCCCAUCAGUAUUCCCCUCAGCACCGUGCAGCCCAAUAAACUCCCCGUUAGCAUCCCCCUGGCCAGCGUCGUCCUGCCCAGCCGUGUUGAGAAGGUGAGAAGCACGCCUAGCCCUGUCCAUCAGAACCGAGAAUGCUUUCCAACACUUGAAAAACAAUUUGGUGCUAAUUCUCAUAACGGCAUUAACAGCGGCGCCGGCAGCAAGCCGCCUGCUCUGGCUACCUCAGGUUUUCCUUAUGUUUCUGGCUCCAUGCCAGUCCAUGGAACUCUUCCAAACAGCCCUGCUCAUCUUAAUCACAGCGUGGACCAUGCUACCGUAGAGGACGUAUCCAGCUCGGGAAGCUUGUUCAACCCGGUGGGGUCCCAGAGCGCCACCCCGCAGCUCCCCACUGUGCUGACGAUGCCCUUGCGCCAUCCUGGGCAGGGCUCCCCCGCCCACCAGCAUGCGGCGAGCCCCCGGCUGAAUGGGGCCUGCCAGAGCCUCGGAGGGGUGCUCCAGUACGUCGAGGCCCAGAAGCCGUUUGCAGAGGGCUCCCGGCCAGACGUGCAGCAAGAGCCGGCUUUCUCCGACCCAGAAAGCGAGGGCAAGCGAAGGAUCAUCUUCACCAUCUCCCCCGCCCCGGGGAGCAUCAAGCAUUCCCCCUCGAGCAAGCACAGUCCGCUCAUGGCGAGCAUCCGGGUGGAGUGCGGCCAGGCCUGCGUGCAGGAUGGGAAGAAGCGCGGGCGGAGGAAGCGCUCUUCCGCCGGAGCGCUGAACGUGAACUCCGGCGUGUCUCCGAAGCGCAAACCCCUGCCUGCAGCGACCGGGCGCUUUGCCCAGUCUUCAGGGUCUCCCCUUAACAUCAACUCAAUGGUCAAUAACAUAAACCAGCCUUUAGAAAUAACGGCCAUUUCUUCCCCUGAAAACUCUCUGAAGAAUUCUCCCGCCCCGUACCAGGACAAUGACCAGCCGCCAGUGCUGAAGAAGGAGAAGCCACUCGCCCAGACGAACGGCAUCCAUUACUCUCCGCUGACGUCCGAUGAGGAGCAGGGCUCGGAGGAUGACCACAACAGCACCAGAAUUGAGAGAAAAAUUGCAACAAUAUCAUUGGAAAGCAAAUCUCCACAGAAGCCAAUGGAAAACAGCUUAAGCUUAGUGGGAAGAAAACCAGCUAGUGAGAAUAUGAACAGCAGCAAGUGGAAGUCAACCUUUUCUCCCAUUUCGGACAUCAACUUGACCAAAACAGUGGACAGUCCUCUGCAGGGCACGUCCCUGAGCCAGAACUCCCUCUUCUCUUUCAGGCCGUCCAUGGAGGACGGCCCGGCGGUGGACGCCAAGGCUGCAGCCCAUGUCCGGAAGCACCAGGCCGCACCCGGUCCCGGCUCCGAGGGGCUCAGCCAAAGCACCAACCUGGUGAAUGGGUUCACUUACAACGGCGGGCUGUCUGCAGAGGGCGCUUUGCACAGCUUCAUGGAUGGUGCUUCCCUUCCACAGAAAGCCGCCGAGGCCGCGGCGGCACUGGGGGGGGCGUCCCUGAACUUUCUGAUGCAGCGAAGCAAGGAGGCCGCCGGGGUCUCCGAGACGAAUCCGUUCUUGAGCAAGAGGCAGCUAGAGAGCCUUGGAGCUGGGAAAGGGGAAGACUUGAAAUGGCCUGUGCCCAGAGGUAAAGAGGGUGGCGAACUGGGCGUCCGCCUGAGCGGCCCUUUGGACAAGACCUCGGUGUUGCACCCAAGCAAGAUCAGCAAAGGGCGGGAGCGGGACGUGGAGCUGAAGACUGGCCACAACCUCUUCAUUGCCGCCGCCGCCACCGUCCCCUCCAGCGGCCUUCUCAACGGCAAGGGCCACUCUGUCGCGGCCUCCAGCAGCUCGCCCACCACCGCUGCCUCUGCCCAAGUACCCCACCCUUUCUUGAACCCGCUGACCACUGGCUCGGCUUUCCCCCUCGGCCCUGUGGUGACGAAUGCGUCGGUACUACAGACCUUCUUUAACUCGAUGCCAGCUGCCGGCUUGGUCCACGUUUCGUCAGCUGCUACCCGGCUGACCAACUCGCACCCCAUGGCAACCUUCUCUCCCGGAAUGACAGGUGGAACAGUUGGAGGUAUUUUUAACCAUGUGGUGCCUUCUGCCUCCUCCUCCUCUUCCUCCUCUGCUUCCUCCUCCGCUUCCUCCUCCUCCCCAUCCAUCCCCUCUUUUUCCUCCCCCCCCUCCUCCUCCUCAUCCUCUCUCCACUUUGGAACCACCCUGGGCAGCAGCGCCGCGUCCAGCUGCAUGGUGCUGAGCCUGAAUCCUCUGCAAGUCGGGUCGGGCUCCCCGUCAUUCCAUGUGCCGCCUAACCCAGUGCCAUCCAGCGAGGCUCAGCCCCUCGGCCGGGUCCCCACACAUUCCUCCCUUUGCACCCCCCCUCCGCCGCCGCCGCCGCCACCGCCGCCGCCGAACGUGUCCCUGCCUCCCCCUCCCCCCCUCCUGGCGUCUAACUCCGAGCCGGUCCUCCUGCAGGGCCUGCCCACCCUGCCUGCCUCCGAGGCGUUCCUGCCGCCCUCCACCACUAACUCCGCUUUGUCUAUUAAGCUAGCUUCUCUCCAGCACAAAACCUCCCGCCCCUCCUUCACUGUCCACCACCCGCCUCUGCCCCGCUUGGCGCUGGCCCAGGCCGCGCCUGGGAUGCCGCAGUCCAGUGCCGCCGGUACUCCCGCUGUGUGGCUCACCCUUGGCAUGCGGUCUCCUUACGCUUCGCAUCUCUCUGGGGUUAAGCCGCGGUAAUGAGUCCAGCUUAGCUUGUAAGCUUUGGUGCUCUGUAAGGUAACUAGGACUUCUACCUCAACCCAACAUGACCUAUGCAAGGAAACGUGGACCAACUUCUCUCAGCUCCCACUGAAGGUGCUCGCCUCGCCUCGCCUCGCCUCGCCUCGCCUCGCCUCGCCUGGCCUGCUUAAGGGUUUCUGCUUCUCCCCACCCCUUUUCAUUUACUACUGGACAAAGACAUGAGUCAUAAGUGUAAAACCGGAGGAAAAAAAAAUGCUACUGUGAAUCUAAGUUAAAUAUAUAUAUAGAUAUAAAUAUAUAUUCAAACUGCAGAAGAAAUUGCUUAGAAACAGCUCCAGUUUGUAUUGUUGAUAGUUUAGAUAUUUAUAUAUUUUUAAAUGUUUAAAACACACACACACACAAUUUUUUUGGUUCAACCUGAAGUUGAACUGAAAAAAUAAGAGAGAAGACUUUAACAGUGAAAUAACAAUUCUUUCUGAAAUAAAAGACUGGCUCGCCAGCUUCCCUCGGUGCUAUCCACAUCCAGCAAAUGGUGCCUCUCCGGUCCAGAGCCAUGGUGCUUUUCCUCCCCCACCCCCACUUUCUUCUUCUUCUUCUUCUUCUGGCCUGGGGCAGAUAACCAGCACUGAGCGGGUUGCUCCUACACAUUUCCCUGCUCCCCAUGGCUUGUGCAGACAGGCUGGUUGUCACAGUGAAGCAGGGGGGUGGUUAGUGGGGCGGGGGGGCAGCUCUUUGCAAAGCAGAUCUGGCCGUUGUUGGAAAAGCGUAUUUGCAGGCAGGAGGAAAUCACGAGCUCUCGUGCACCCCCCCCCCCCACCCCAAUUCCAGCCCCCUGGCAGAAUGCAGCUCAUGGUGCUCAUGCUUGAUCCCUCCCCAUCCCCCCCCCGCAAAAAACCCCAUAGGUGGCUAGACCCACAAUGAAUUUUGGAGGAGUGCCUUGUCUUAACUGUGAUGGCCAAAGGCGUGUAGCAGACAGUGCUGGGCAGGUCCGUGGGGGCGGCAGGCCAGGCCUGGCUGGGCGCCGAGGCAGCCCUGGCAUUCCAGCUGGUGGAUCUGCUUCGGGUGACUGGGCGGGGGAGACCUUUGCCUGCGGCUGAGCAUGGCAGGCCUGGGAAGCUGUCCUCAUCCCCCAGGACCGGUCCCCCCAUUACACGGUGGCCUUCCAGAUGUUGGACUCCAGCUCCCACCAACCCUUGGUCAGGGAUGGUGUUGGUCGUCGCCCAACAUCUGGAGGUGGCCACAGCCGUGUGCCCCCCACCCCCUCCAUUUAAAGCCGCAGUAGUUUUGGUUCCCUCCCUCCGUCCCUCCCUCAUCUUUUUGGGAAUGAAUGCCCCUUGUGUUUUCUCAUGCUAUCAUUUGGGGUUUGCAUCGCUUGGGAAUUUGAGCCUUCAUUUCUCACAGGGUGGAUGCCCAUCCAGCAGGUGAAAUUUGCCUUCCCUUGUUGGGGUUGUGAGACUUCAAGUGAUUGGCCUGCUGCUGCUUGACCUGAAGGGAGGGAGGGUCUUUUGACCCGCCGUGGUGCAAUUCUGUAGCAGGUGCCCUUCUGAGCAGAUUCUCCUGAGACAAAGAGGUUCAGGGGCAUCCGCCACACAUUUGGAGGUCACCAAGGCCUCUGGAGUGGGUCAGACCGUUUCCAGUAAAGCUUGAGAAAGCAGACAACCGAAUCUUAGGCUGCUGUCAGCUUCUUUUGUUGGGUUCGUUGGUUCAACGUACAACGUGUUAUUUUUUUGUUAGCGAAGUUUUGAUACUUGAGAUGCAGCUUCGCCUUCUGUAUGUCUUAUCAGCUGAAGCGUGUGCUCGCUCUUUGCUCAUUUGUACUGCUUUUGUUUUUCAGUAGGGUUUUAAUGAUACUUCACACCCACAGCCACAAAACACACACCACAAUCAGACCUAAUUUUUGUAUCAUCCUUAAAAUAUCGGGUGCAUUAAAAAUAAUCAUAAUUAUUUUUUGGAUGAUCAGUGUACAGGGGAAUAAAAGGCACACCACUUCUGGGAUGCAACGAGUAUUUUAUAGAGAUGUGUUGACAAAAUUUAUAAAAAGAUUUUGUAUGCUUUUCAUUUAUUUUUAUUAGAUUGUGUUCAUAGGAAAACAUGGAGUGGAUAUAAGGGUUGUUUUAUUUAUUCAAGCGUGUAAAAGCAGGGGUGGUAGGAGAAUAAAACCUCUGGAUUAUU